AUGAUACAGAUAUAUCUUAGUAGGGAUAGAUUAUUUACGAAAUGGAUAGAAGCGAUUCCCUUAAAAGAUGUUACUCAAGAGGAAGUUAUAAGCUUUAUCCAAAAGUUCAUCAUCUAUAGGUUUGGUAUUCCAGAAACCAUAACCACAGACCAAGGAUCCGUAUUUAUUGGUCGAAAGAUGGUGAAAUUCGCCGAAGAUACAGCAAAGCCCAAGAACUGGCCUGAAAUAUUAGGCGAAGCUUUAUGGGCAUGUCGAACGUCUCCCAAAGAAUCGAUAAACACUGCACCGUUUAGGUUAACAUUUGGUCAUGAUGCUGUACUACCAGUAGAAAUUCUGUUGCAAUCAGUCAGAAUUCAAAGGCAAUGUGAAAUACCAGUUAAUCAUUAUUGGGACAUGGUCAUAGACGAAUUGACCGAUCUCGAUGAAGAAAGAUUAACAGCAUUAGAAGUCCUUGCGAGACAAAAAGAAAAGGUAGCAAAAGCAUAUAAUAAAAAGGUAAAAUCGAAGUUUUUUGCCCAAGGUGAUUUGGUAUGGAAAGUGAUCUUACCAAUGGACAAAAAAGAUAGAGUUUUGGGAAAAUGGUCACCCGGAUGGGAAGGACCAUGGCAAAUAUUAAGGGUUUUUUCGAAUAAUGCUUAUGAGAUCGAGGAAUUGAACGACGAUCGAAGGAUUCUACGAAUAAAUGGAAAGUACUUGAAAAAGUAUAAACCAACGUUGCAGGAAAUUAGAAUCAUACAAGAGUAA